GAGCCUCGGAUCUGACCGCUAUAAAACUCCGCUCCUUCACCGCGGCCGGUUGUAUUCGCUCUGCUGCUCUUCCGAUACAAUCGUGACCGCAAUGGACCCUCGAGGGUUGAAGGAAGAUCUACGGCUCUUUCAGAGCACUUUGCUUCAGGAUGGACUCAAAGAGCUCCUGAAUGAAAAUAAAUUGGUGGACUGCAUGUUGAAGGUGGGCGACAGGAGCAUCCCUUGCCAUCGGCUCAUCCUGGCAGCAUGCAGCCCUUACUUCCGGGAGCUUUACUUCUCCGAAGAUGGCAGGGAAGUGGACAAAAAAGAAGUGGUUUUGGAGGAUCUGGAUCCUGCCGUCAUGGAGGCCAUUGUGAAGUACAUGUACUCGGCAGAGAUCGACAUCAACGAUGACAACGUGCAGGACGUCCUGACCGUUGCCAGCCGCUUCCAGAUCCCUUCGGUGUUCACAGUGUGCGUGAACUUCCUCCAGCAGAAGAUAACCAUGAAGAACUGCCUUGCUAUUUACAGGAUGGGGCUGAUGAUCAACUGCCCCAGACUGGCAAUAGCAGCUCGAGAUUACAUCGCCGAUCGGUUCUUGACCGUCGCUAAGGACUCUGACUUUUUGGAACUGUCGCCUCCUGAACUCUUUGCUCUUAUUGGAGCAGAUGCUCUGAAUGUGGAGAAGGAAGAAGUGGUGUUUGAAACCCUCAUGAAGUGGAUCAGGAAAGACAAGGAGAAUCGCAUCAAGUCCUUAAAGGAGGCCUUCGAUUGCAUCCGUUUCCGAUUACUCCCAGAGAAGUAUUUCCAGGAAAAGGUCGAAAAGGACGACCUCAUCCAAAGCAAUCCGGAUGUCGCUCCAAAAAUCAAAGAGAUCAAGGAAGCGUUUGCGGGGAAGCUGCCAGAGAAGAAAAAGGGCGAUGCUGAAGGCGAGGAGGCCACCUUGCCCGGCUACCUGAAUGAUACUCGCAGAUACGGCAUGUUUGCUAAAGACUUUGUGCUGAUGAUCAACGACACAGCUGCGGUGGCCUACGACGGGCAGGAAAACGAAUGUUUCUUAGCCGCUAUGACUGAGCAAAUCCCCCGAAACCACAUCAGUCUGGUGUCCAAGAAGAACAACCUCUAUGUCUUGGGAGGACUCUUUGUGGACGAAGACAACAAGGACAACCCGCUGCAGUGUUACUUCUAUCAGAUGGACAAUCUUGCUGGAGGUUGGGUUGCGUUGCCCCCCAUGCCCUCCCCUAGGUGCUUGUUUGGUAUGGGGGAGUUUGAAAAUCUCAUCUUCGCUGUGGCGGGAAAAGACUUGGAGAGCAAUCAGUCCCAUGACACCGUUAUGUGCUAUGACACGGAAAAGCUGAAGUGGACUGAAACAAAAAAGUUGCCCCUGAGGAUCCAUGGACACAGUGUGGUUUCUGAGAACGGACUGGUUUAUUGUAUUGGCGGGAAAACAGAUGAUAACAAACCGACCAAUAAGAUGUUAGCGUACAACCACAAGAGGUCCGAGUGGAAAGAGGUGGCCGCCAUGAAGACACCACGGUCCAUGUUCGGAGCCGUCGUCCACAAAGGGAAGCUCAUUGUGGCCGGAGGAGUCAAUGAAGAAGGCCUUACUGCCGCCUGUGAAGCUUACGACUUUUCAACCAACAAGUGGUCACCAUUCACAGAGUUUCCCCAGGAGAGAAGUUCCAUCAACCUGGUCAGCUGCGGAGGACUCCUGUACGCCAUCGGAGGCUUCGCCAUAGUGCAGAACGACAACAAGGAGUGUGAGCCCGUUGAAGUUGUGGACAUUUGGCAGUACGAAGACGACAAGAAGGAGUGGACGGGGAUGAUCCGAGAGAUGCGCUAUGCGGCCGGAGCCUCCUGCGCAGCCAUGCGCCUCAAUGCGGCCCGUAUGGCCAAAUUGUAACAGCUCAGGAACAGAUUCGAAUCGAUACACUUGCAGACUUCAAUUCCAACUGAAGAGAAACAACUCCACAGAGGAAAAAAAGAGAACAAAAGCUCCCAUCUUGUAAAAAAUAUUUUUUACUCUAUGAAAGCAAAUAUCCACGACAUGAUGAAUAUAAAUAAGUAGCACUUGAUGGUACUUCUGUAAAAUGAUGACUAGGCUCGAACAGUGUUGACUUUAUAACUGUUAUUUCAAUAAAUAAUUCCUUUAAGGCAAAA